ACCAGGAAGUGAGGGAAGUGUUGUCUCAAACAGAAACAGGGCCGAGUCUUGUUCCUUGUUUUUCCUCCGGAGCUUCUGGCUCAGUUGCAGCAUUUCACGCGGCGAUAAGGCGCAGAGCUGAGGGGAGAGACGGACAGGCUUUUAGCGCUUUAAUAUUGAAUUAUGAAAAUGGGCUCAAAUCGCUGCUUUCGGCCGACGUUAUUGAGUUGUCUCCUGAUCUGCGUCACUUUGUGGAGCAACCUGAGCGCCGGGGUGUUUGCCAAAUUAUACCGGAGACCAAACAUUGUUCUGAUCCUCACCGACGACUUGGACAUCGCUAUCGGAGGUCUGAGUCCACUUAACAAGACGAAAAAACUAAUUGGAGAUGCAGGGAUAACAUUCACAAAUGCAUUUGUUGCCAGCCCGCUGUGCUGCCCCAGCCGGGCCAGUAUCCUGACGGGGAAAUACCCGCACAACCACCAUGUCAUCAACAACACCUUAGAGGGAAACUGCAGCAGCAAAGCCUGGCAGAAGAGCGAGGAGGCCAACACCUUCCCCGCCCUACUGAAAGCCUCCGCAGGCUACCAGACCUUCUUCGCAGGGAAAUACCUCAACCAGUAUGGGCACUCGGAGGCCGGUGGAGUGGAGCAUGUUCCUCCAGGCUGGAGCUACUGGAUCGGACUGGAGAAGAACUCUAAAUAUUACAACUACACACUGUCGGUGAACGGGAAGGCUCAGAAACAUGGAGCAGACUACAGUAAAGAUUACCUGACGGACGUACUGGCCAACAUGUCCCUGGACUUCCUCCAGUAUAAAUCCAGCUUCUCGCCGUUCUUCAUGAUGGUGUCCACGCCGGCCCCCCACUCCCCCUGGACCGCAGCCCCUCAGUACCAGGACAGCUUCAACAGCACCAAGGCUCCCAGAGACCCCAACUUCAACGUCCACGGGAAGGACAAACACUGGUUGAUCAGACAGGCGAAAACCCCCAUGUCCAACUCGUCUGUUCAGUUUCUGGACGACGCCUUCAGGAAACGGUGGCAAACUCUGCUGUCGGUGGACGACCUGGUGGAGAAGAUAGUGAAGAGGUUGGAGGUCAGAGGUGAACUGGACAACACCUACAUCUUCUUCACCUCCGACAACGGCUACCACACCGGUCAGUUCUCUCUUCCUCUGGAUAAGAGGCAGCUCUACGAGUUUGACAUCAGGGUCCCUCUCAUGGUCCGAGGACCAAACAUCAAGCCCAACCAGACCAGCCAGAUGCUGGUGGCGAACGUCGACCUCGGUCCGACCAUCCUGGACAUCGCCGGCUACGACGUCAACAAGACGCAGAUGGACGGCAUGUCCUUCCUGCCCGUCAUGGAGGGGAGGAUGAACAGCAGCAGCUGGAGGACAGACAUCCUGGUGGAGUACGAAGGCGAAGGCAGCAACGUGACCGACCCCGCCUGUCCUCUGCUGGGACCCGGAGUGUCGGAGUGUUUCCCAGACUGCGUGUGCGAGGACUCGUACAACAACACCUACGCCUGCGUGCGAACCGUCGCCCCCUCUGCCAACCUGCAGUACUGCGAGUUUGACGACAACCAGGUGUUUGUAGAAGUCUACAACGUGACCGCCGACCCCUACCAGCUGACCAACAUCGCAGGCUCCAUCGGCCAGGACUUCCUGGAGAAGAUGAACCACCGGCUGAUGAUGCUGCAGUCCUGCUCGGGGCAGUCAUGUCGGACACCCGGCGUCUACGAUCCAAGGUAUAAAUUUGACCCCCGACAGAUGUUCACCGGCCACAGCUGGCGGCUCAGCAGACUCCGACAGACGAUGAAAUAAGAACGGACGGAGGAAGAAGGGCUGUGUCGUGCGUCUGUAUUCAGCCUUUCCUGCUGUUGCUGCCUGUUUGUUUUCAGGCCUCCUGAGCCAGUCGCUUCCACACACGGAUCGAGAAGGGAUCAGGUGGGGUCGUAUUUUUUGGGUGGUGGGUUGCCAUGGAGACAGGAGGCCUUUCUGGGUGCAGGACCUACCUUUAUUUUUAUUUUGUUUAAAGCUUUCAGUGUGGGCUGCUGUUUAGUGAGUUUGUCAGUAGGUGUCGCAGCAAAGCCAAAUUAUUAUUAAGGAUGGAUUUACUUUUUAUAAAAUGUCUGUUUUCUCUGAAACACUUUAUUUUACAGGUUCUGGAUUUUACAGAUAAGUUCGUGGAAACUUUCCUCACAAUUUCCUAAAUAUUAAAUAAAAUUAAUUAUAAGGGAAAUGGAAAAAGUGUUGGUUGCUACAGUUGUUCAGUACCUGCUUGAUGUAUUCAAGUUUUUAGGAAAAAAAGAAGAAGAAAUUAUGUAGCAGGUGAGAAAUAGUUCAACAAGAUAAUCAGAUAGAAAAUGCACCAACCUGAGUCGCUUUAUUUUGCACAUCUGGUCUGUGGAAAUGACGUUUCUAAGUAGAACUAAUGAGUUUGUUUCUGGAGCGUAUUUUAUUUGUUGAUCAUUGUCAGUUUAAAAACACAAAACUAAGGCAUUUCCAGUGCAGCUGAAAACCAAUAAUUCAACCAAUAUGCAGCAUAAACGUCAGUUACAUGAAUAUGUACAGAUUAGCAUAAUUAUUAGCAUUAUCUGUAACAUAUGGCAGCUCAAAGCCAGGAACAAUCUGACACUAUAAAACUCUGAUGGAUAUUUACGUCUGUUUAUUAUUUAUUUUUUAUUUAACUACCACAUUAUUUCCUAGUUUGAGUUUCUUUCUUAAAAACUUGACCAUAACGAGCAGGUGCCUAAUUAUCAGUAGCAACUUACACUUUCUCCAUUUCCCUUAUAAUUAACACCAACUUGACAGCGAUAAAAACCAGCUCAUUUUUAUGAAAUCCUGAGGAAAGUUUCCAGCAAAUUAGCUGUAAAAUAAGGGAUCAAUAAAAUAAAGGGUUAGCAGAAAAUCAUGUCAAUGAUCCAAACAGUGUUAUUCAUUUACUUGUGUAAACACAGGCCGUCUGGUUCCUUUUUGGUGCAUUCAUUUGGUCCUUAAGAGCUUGUAGGUUUACCACCAAGAAGCUGAACACAGAUGUUUGGGAAAGACGUUUUUCUAGCGGUGAUUUCAAUUAAUCGAUGAAGCAGUUUUUCUUCCCUUUCUUCAAUUAAUCAUUAAGCCUAGAAAAUUAAAUAUAAUGAAAAUAUGUUUGUAAAUUGGCAAAAACAGAAGAGAAAGAGAAAAAUCUCAAAUCUAAAAAGCUAAUUUUUCUUACAAUAAAUCAAAAUUAGCGAUUAAUUAGCUGUUGAUUAACUCUCCACUCAACAUCAGCUAACGAUCUGCCAGGUUAACGGUAAAUAAAUACAGUAUAUACGACACUUGACCUUUAUUUGUCUGUGAUAACGUACGUAACUGAUCAAGCUGAUCAAGAACAUCAGAGAAAUUUAUUUGAUCAUUUCAAACUUCACAAGUUGAUGACGACCAAUCGAAUGCAGCAAAAACAAUCCUGUGUGAGACGGUAAAGGUUCGGUCACAUCACUCUUCUGUUAAACAGCCCCGAAAAAUGAUGUUAGGAAUAAAUACUGAUCAGAGUGACACAUCCGUCUGUUGACUGGUAAAAUGAUAAAAUAAUAACUUUGUUUCUGUUGGAACAUCCGCUCAGUUAAAGUCAAACACAGGUGAAUUCUCACCUGUGAGUCGGAGCUGGAAACACCUGAAUUCAUCUGUUGUGCAGGUUUCAAUAGAUGUGAACGGGAACAAAUACUCACAUGAUGGAAGAGUAACGUGAUCGUACCUGGAGUAAAUGGAGAAAAAAAAAAAAAAAAAAAGAAGAGCGCCACCUACAGAAAAUCAAACUUCAUAAACAGGAAGUCCAACAGAAAAACACAACGAGUGCCUAGAAAGAGACGGAGACCGAGGCCUAACACCAUUAUCGUUCACACCUAACACAGAGUAGUUAUUACACACUGAAAAACAGGCCACCAGUGAUGAAAUGGUGACUUCAGAGGAAAGGUCAACAAACCUAACGCCAAACUGGAAAAAAGAAAUCACACACGAGACAGGAAGCGAUUUCUAAGAAUCGUUAAGUUAAAUCUCCGUCGCCGUUUAAAUUUAUGAAUCUAAUUUAACGGUUCGUUACUGUCUCCAGCACUAAAUCAUUUCACUGCAUUUUUCUAAACUGUGAAAAGUGUUGACGCGUCUUUGUUCAUUCAUGAAAAUUCAAAUGAAUUCAUCACUUGUCUUUUCUAACCGUCGUCGUUCCUCUCUCUGCGUUUUCAGUCAUCGGCGUGCUCGUGGUUUACAGCUCAUACCGAGUUUAUUUUUAUUUCAGCCACAACUGACAGUCUUAGUGUUUUACUAAUGAUUUCAUGUUUGUAGUGUUUCAUCGAGCCGAUCCAGAAACACUAGAUUGGUUUCAGGUUAACGACCUAACGGGAAGCAGGAGGCAGUAAAUCUAGAAAAAUACGGAUAUCUUGACAAAAAGUCGGUUUUCUAUCAUCAGGGUAAAAUUACAUCAGUUAUGUUUUUAAUGUGUUAUUUUUUUUUUUUAUUAUUAAGAGUGAAAUUUAUGUUUCUAACAGUAAUUCUCAUUUUGUUUAAUGGGUUGUAUGUGAGAAUGUUUUAAGGUUAAACAAAAAUAUAUAAUUUGAACAGUUAACAAUAGAAAAAGGUGUGAUUGAUGUAUUUUAUUUUCCUCCUUCAACUUUAAGGGAACUGAUUUUUUUUUCUUUUUAAAUUUAAAUCACAUUUAUCUUUAUGCCAUAAAUUACAUUUAUACAAAAUAAAUCUAAAAAGUUAUUUUGUUAGUGUUUUUACGGCCCUGACUUGCUGGGGUUUUGGAUUUUGGAAGGCUGAUAUAUUUUAAUAGAAAGGAGCGGUUCCACAUAUUUAUAUCAUAUCUCUUAGCAAGAAUGCAAAUAAACAUAUUUCCCAUAUGUUGAACUUUUCCUUUUAAAGCCGAUAUUUUGUGCCGACAUUAAACAUUUAUAAAAACGUGAUCAAAUCUCAGACGUUUAACAUUCGACCAAAGAUUUGAUCCGGAGACUUUAGAGUUCGAUUUCCCGGGGGGGGGGGUCUGCAUGACAUUUGUUGUAAAAGACUGAAUCUUUAUUUUUCUGUGUGUUAAUUUUGAUUGUGAAUUAAGCAAAACAAGCCAACUGUUACCUGUGAAUCAGCCAUUUCCACCUGUUCCCACUGCUGCUGUUGAUGUGAUUCUCAGAUCAUAACGUUCAUACAGCUCUUUCUUCUUCCUCUGUAGUUUGUUCUCAAUUUAAAAAACUAAAAAAAAAAAAACACUUUCAUGUGUGAACACUGAGAUUAACGUCCUGACACCACAGGACUCGACGUAAACACAAACCGAUCACUUCGUUUCAAUUCACUGAUGCACUUUCCAAUCUGUCAGAACUGUUCUGUUGUUUUGGCACCUUUUAGUUUUAUUUUUCAGAGUAGUUUUUGACGAUGAUGAUGAUGAUGUAUUUUUUGCUUGUGUUUUUGUCCAAAUAAAGAAAUUCUCAAGAUCAAAAAAA